AUAUUUUAUGGUACGACUCCCGCCGAGAUAUUUCCGAGAACAGUUGUGUUGAUGGCGCGGCUACCAAGGAGAAUAGAAACAACUUUCAUCUUGGUCCAACUAUAAUGUGAAUGUAAUUUAGGUUCCUUAUUAUUUGUAUCACGAGUGGUUCCUGGGAUUUUUUGCAAAGCGGAAAUGGAGCAAGGUUGUUUUUGGUCUGACCGUACUAAAAUUAUCCGAAUUCAAAGGACAUAACAAGCUAAAAUACUUUGUAGUUUAUGAGGGCUACUCCACUUGGAACACAUCGAGGUAUCCAGAACUCCUUCUAGGAUGAGCACUAUUUCUCCGCCUUCUUUGGAACAAAUUUGCCUAAAUUACAUUUGUGGAAGUAUCCAAGUUCUUUGUUACGAAGUACAGGAAAACGUGGGCAAUUUACAGCGAAUCGCUUUCAAGUUUCCAGUUUUUCUCCACGAACAACUUGCCGAGAGCAUAUUGCGUCAACUUGCAUGCACAGGGAAGCUAACUCUCAACGUCUUGACACUGUUUAUGGACCAGAAUACAUGCAGAUUAAAACGUGCAUGUAUUCGAAGCUCCGAUGUACGAGAGAUUGGGCUGAGACUUAUACUGAUGCAUCAUAACAUCACAGAGCUUGAUAUCUGUGGAACUGAAAUCCCUUUCUCUGAGCUCUUCGCAAGUUCCCUUGAAGGUUACGAAUGCACAUCUUCCUUGAGGAAACUAAACAUAAGUCAUGCAAAGGGUGAAAUUGAUUAUGCUGCACUUGGCUACUUUAAAAACCUUACAAGCCUUGACGUCAGCCACAACAUGUUCAGUGACUUUGACCUCAAACAGAUUUCUAUCAAAUCACCUAAUCUGCUCGAACUCAAUAUAUCCUGCACAUCUAUAACUGAUGCUGAGGCAUUUGGCCAUCUGCGGUCAUCACUUAUCACACUCAAGGCAUACCACUGUCCAAUUUCCUGGCAGAGUCCAACAGAAUUUUCAAAAUUCACUGCCUUGCGGCAUCUUGAUAUUUCCAGGAAUCCAGGGAGUCCUGAGGGUUAUGACUGGCCUGGUGAUGCUGAGAAACUUGAAAUGCUUCUUCUUGAUCAAAACGCUUUGAGAAACCUUGAGAUUCUUGACAUCUCUGGAACACCACGUGUGAUGGACCUGCCCCUUCAAGUUUUUAUAUCAUCACAUCCAAGGUUGAAAUUCUUGGGGCUUUGUAAUACAGGGCUUUCUUCUUAUGCAAAGUUCCUACCCAAGGACAUCGAGAUCACAGGAGAGGCGACAGAGCAACAAAUUCUCUUGUCACUUUGCUGCUAUCCAGAACGUUCAUCCUACAUGACAGAAAGUCUUAGGAGACUCUUUCAAAUCAGCAAGAAUUGGACACAGGCUAGAUUUGAGGUUCUGCAGAUAGUCCUUCCACCCAUGGAGAAGCACCCCAAGGACCUGCGAGUGCAGAUGGCAGCAACAGCUUGUGUUUUCAACUUAACACGAUUUGCAGUGACUCCGAAAGACCUGCAUCCUGAAACAUUAGGGAGAAUUGCCAACUUGGUUUUGAAGGCUAUGGAGACAUUUCCCCGUAAACAUGAGUUAUUAAGAAACUGUCUUCUUAUUCUGGAUUCCAAGCCAAUGCUGAAGAAAGCUAAAUUUGACUACUAUGUUGCAUGCAUGUCAGCCAUGGAUGCACUCUGCCAGUUCUCAAAUGAUCUAAAUAUUGUCAAGCUUGCCACAAAGAUCUGUGCUAUCCUCACAGCAAAGAUUUCAACUUAUGAGACCAUUGCACUGGGGACGGAUAGGCAUUUAAAGGCCUUGAUGUAUAUUGUGGAAGGAAAGGUAGAAGCUGUGCAAGCGGAUUACAUUCUCAGUGUGACCCUGAGUGUGCUUUGGAAUCUAACAGAUGAAGCAUGUUGCUCAUGUCAACUGUUUAUUGAUAGCAAAGGACUCAAGUUGCUACUGAGAGUGCUGAAGACUUUCACUUUGGAGAACAAAAUAAUCAUAAAGAAAGUUCUUGGUACUAUGAACAACAUUUCUGAGGUCCAUCAUCUUCGCCACCACUUUAUCAAUGAUGAAUGUAUCGAAGCUCUAAGGAAUCUGUUGAAAUGCAAUGAGAUUGAUGUGAGUUAUUUUGCUGGUGGGAUUCUUUCAAACAUCGCGCUGGCCUGGACACAACCGUUUUCCACGAAAAGCAGUAGAUGCGAAGUUCUUGAGCAGAUUCAAGAUGUGGUCCUUUCUUGGGAGUCGCCAGGGGAGGAAAUGGUAGCUUACAGAUCGUUCACGCCUUUUCUGCCUCUGUUGAGCUCCGAUUUGCUGUCGAUUCAACUAUGGGCUGUCUGGGGGAUACUUCACGUCUGCACAAGAAAUGGCCCUCGCUAUGUUCCACUGUUGCUGAGCGACGGCAUAAGAGAUGUCCUCGUGCGUCUUGCAGGCGACUCCAGCUGCUCUGUACCCUUGAGGUGCAUGACGGGAAAACUUAUCGAAAAAGCUGACGAGUUCCUAGCCAAUGCCCAAUCACAUGGGGUCACGGGGGAUUUAUCAGAUUGAACCGAAACUCCCGAGUGGCCUGUUUACACAAGCGCAUUUAGUCGCGGGACGCGAAUAGAUAAAAAUCUAUGUAAAACUAAAGUCGCGCGACAAAACAUGUUAAAGAACCAGAGCCGUAGUAGGCCAUGUAAGAUUGAAAAGGGGGGGAUACAGAAACUAUAAAAAAAUAAUUGGGGGGGGGGGUCACAGCCAAGCCCCUACAGGUCAUGCCCCCAGUGCCCCGCCCCCUGCUACGGCGAAACAGGAGAGGAACAAGCAUAUCAUUGUUUACCAAGAACCUUUGAUUGUUGUUAAGGUUCAGAGCUCACAAAUUUGUUAUUCUGGCCAUUUUCUUCUCGUGCUACAAUCUCAUCCGAACAUUGGGCUACGUGGACAUUUUAUAAGCAAAGAGAAAGCGUCGGCUUUUUGCUUAUUGUUCUCAAUGGCUGCCUUUUUCUUGAACACUGGACUGUGAGGGACUUUUUGAGAGCAAGAGUUAUUUAAAUGGAGCUACCUCAAGGCAAGUUUACCGGCUGUACAGAUCUUAGGCAACCCAGCUUUUAGGGGUUUAGCGCGCUCUAUCGCAGAGAAUGUAAAUUUUAUGCAAGCAAAUUAAAGAUAAAUAUUUUAAUAUAAA